AUGAUAGGAGCAAAACACGUCCACACCACAUCAUACCGCCCACAGGCAAACGGUAUGAUUGAACGCUGGCAUCGUUCUUUAAAAGCAGCACUAAUGUGUCACGAAGUAGAAUCCUGGACAGAAUUACUACCAACAGUCCUGCUAGGUCUACGAACGUGUUUCAAGGAAGAUCUGCAAACUUCAACUGCUGAGAUGCUGUGUGGUUCCCCGAUUCGACUACCGAACGAGUUUGUUGAGGACGACCAACAAUGCACCAGCCCGCAGAUUUUCAUAGAGGAGUUUCGCAAGCACAUGCGAUUAGUGCGACCAACUCCCGCAACACAUCACCGGAACAAUGUUUCAUUUGUGUUGAAAAACCUUUACAACUGUUCACACGUCCUGCUUAGGACUGAUUCUGUUCGUCGCCCGUUGGAGCCACCGUACACUGGACCAUUUAGGGUACUUAGUAGACCAACGGACCGAACUUUCGUAAUUGAGAUCCAGGGAAAAGAGACUACAGUUUCAGCAGAAAGGCUCAAACCUGCUUUCAUUACUAAAGAAGUAGGUGUGAAGGAGGCAACGAAGAACCCACACACGCACGUAAAGAGAAACCAGGUGAGGUUUUCACAAUAG